UUUAUUCUUUUUUAUCCUCUCUCAAAUUUGUCUUCAGAUGGUUAAAAAACGGCAGCUGUGGUAACGCGCCGCACCUUGAGGGAAAAAUCCGAAGCAGAAACGCCGCCGUUUUGAUGGCUUCUGUGUUUCAGUUGCGGCGUCGUUCUCUCUGCACGUCGUCCUCGAAAUGGAGGGUGAAGCAGGUGACAAUUUCCAACUUCGAAGAGUCCCUGCAAGAGCUAAAGACUCACAUCUCUUCCUCCGACUAUGUCGCCGUAUCUAUGGCCAAGACCGGCUCUCCGUCGCCGCCGUCCUGGCUCCGCCCUCUACCUUUCGACACUGCUCAGACCGCCUACUCCAAGGCCCGCCGCGCCGCCCACCGCUUCCAGCUCCUCCACUUUGCAGUAUGCCCCUUCUCCGUUUCCAGCUCCGACAAACUCCUCGCUCACCCUUAUAAUUUCGUGCUGUUUCCGAGAGACGAAUUGAAAAUGGGGAUGCCUGCUUACAGCUUUUCGUGUCAGACAUCGCUUCUCGCCUCCAUGGCUCGCCGGGGCUUUGAUUUCAAUGCUUGCGUUUAUAAUGGCAUAUCAUAUCUAUCUAGAGCUCAAGAGUCAGCAGCUAAAGUUCGUCUUGGAGCUGCUCUCUCUUCUUGUCAAGUGGUGAAAUCUUCUUCAUCACCAACUGUUGCGGACACAAUUUUUGUUGAGAGGAUUAGAUCACGGAUUGAAUGUUGGAGAAAGACACGUGAAAGCUCUGGCACAAGCACAGGCAGAGAUGAAGAACUUAUCAACUCCCUUAGGAAUAUUGUCCUGGGCAGUGAACAGUUCAGAUCAAGACCUUGCAUGACUAUAGAUGUAUGCAGUGAACGUCAAGUGCAACUAAUUCUUGAGAUGUUGUUAGACCACUCAGAUGAUCUUCUUCCUUUGCUGAUCCCUGCAAACAGCGGGACCAUACAUGCAAUACGAAUUGUUCUGGCAACUUCAAAAGAAGAUAAGGAAUCAUUGGAGAGAGAGCUUCAGAAUUUUGAAGAGGAGAAAAGCAAGAAAAUUCGUGGAUUUCGAGAGGUGAUCGAUUCAAUCUCUGCUUCCCAGAAACCUGUUAUCUGCUACAAUUGCCUUAAUGAUUGUACUCUAAUCCAUUCAAAAUUCAUUGCACCACUUCCACUGGAGGUAGAUGAAUUUUUUAGCUCUUUGCACUCAGUUUUUCCCAAUGUACUUGACAUAAAUUACUUGAUGAAGAAACAUGGAACCAUGAGAAAAAUGACCAACAUUCCGAGUGCUAUAUCCUACUUGAAUAGUAAUUUCUUUGCACCAGUUGAUAUGGAAAUUCCUGACCAAGCUACUGUAAAAGAAGGCAAGAUUCAUGGACUUAAUGCAUUAAGACUAGGCUAUUUAUUCAUGAAGCUAUGCUCUAUAUUGAAAAUUUCCCCAAAUGUAACUGAUUCUGGCAAUAAGCAUUUGGAUCCAGAGCUUGAAGACUUCACCAAUGUAUUCCAUCCACGGUCACAUCCAAUCCAAGAUUCAUCUAAUGCCGGGAUUGUUGGCGUGUGGACCAAUAAUGCAAGAAAAAUCAGUUGUGAACAUUUGGUUUUCUUAUGGGGAUUCAAUCUUGGUAUGACAGCCGGCAUGCUAAAGAAUUUACUUCGUUCAUCGCACAAUAUAUUUUCAGGAGAGUUUGAUGUUAAAUUGGUGGACAAGAGUUGUGCCAUUAUUGUUUUCUGGCAACCUGGAGUAUCAAAACAAUUUGUAGACAUGAUGAAUAGUGAAGAAAUGAGCGGAGACUUAAAGGAGUUGGUGGCAGAUGGUCUGAGGGUAACCAGUUAUGAGACCUAUGACAGAAUAUGCAGGCUAGGUUUGUGGGAGAUGGAUCUUAGGGAGUCACUUGAAAGAGCCUUGGAAAGUUCUUCCUGUCAUAAGGAGAGUAAUUGUGAGAGAAAAUCCUCUGAAAUUCAUUGGUAUAAUGACAAUGUAAUUAACUUGGAUGAUCUUUAAUGUUGUGAUGUACUCUUAUUAUUGAAAUCUUGGUUAUCUUUCAUUGAUUUUUUGGUGUGAUGUUGAACUUGUCAUUUAGCAAGAUGCUCAAUCACAGGUAUCAAGCUUGCAAUUA